AUGGCCCCACCGCUUUCUCACCCGCCCAAUGUCAACUUUGUUGAUGAAGCCAACCGUCACCCUCACUCGGAGGCCGAGCAUUACUAUGGCGGCCCCGAGUACCACAGCCGCUCCAGGACAUACUCCUCCGGAGGCGCCGGCAAGUCAAUUCGCCCUCCCAACUUCCAGUCCGACUCGUACACCAAGACGCGCCGGCUAUCGCACGACGAGAAAGCUUCGGCACCACGCCGCUUCUUGAUCGACGUCGAAGACACGAUCCGCCUCAUCUUGGAGCAAGAAGACACCGACGGCGACUUCCAGAUCUCUGUCACCGACGCCGGCCCGAAGAUCCUCUCGCUCGGAACCGCAACGAGUAAUGGAUACAAGACGUUCGACAUCCGGGGCACGUACAUGCUCUCCAAUCUCCUGCAAGAGCUCGCGCUCGCACGCGACCACGGCCGCAAGCGCAUUGUACUGGACGAAGCGCGCUUGACGGAGAACCCGGUGGAUCGCCUGUCGCGUAUGAUCAAGAACUCCUUUUGGCAUGCCCUCACGCGCCGCAUCGACGGCGACGGCCUCGAGAUUAUUUGCGCGGAUCCCAAGAACAGGACUGGGCGCAUCCAGCCUCGCAUCUACGUGCCGCACGGCGAGCCCCGCAUGGCCGAGUAUUACCGCGAGAUUGCACGCGAGAAGCCGCAUCUGAACCUUGACGUUCGCGUGCUGCCGCCCAAUCCGGAUGACCCGGCCUUCGUCAAGAGCCUGAACGGCGCACCCGGUAUUCUUGCGCUGGCUAUGCAGGAGGCCGAUAACGGCCAUGGCGGACGUGGGCUGAAGGGUGUACCUUUUGUGGUGCCCGGCGCACGUUUCAACGAGCUGUACAACUGGGACUCGUACUUCAUCUCGCUCGGUCUUCUCGUCGACGGCUAUGUUGGCAUGGCGCGCGGCAUCGUUGACCACUUCAUCUUCGAGAUCAAGCACUACAACAAGAUCCUCAACGGCUCCCGCUCUUACUACCUCGCACGUUCGCAGCCGCCUUUCCUCACCGACAUGGCCCUGCAGAUCUACAACCAGCUCGAUCGCACCGACGGCGAAGCCAACCGGCAAUGGCUGAAACGCGCUAUUCAAGCGGCCAUCAAGGAGUACCACACCGUUUGGGUCUCCGAGCCGCGGAUGGACCCUAAGACUGGACUCUCUCGCUACCGCCCCGCCGGUCUUGGUAUCCCGCCGGAGACCGAGGCUACGCACUUCACCCACAUCCUCGAGCCGUUUGCGCGCAAGAACGGAUUGAGUGUGCACGAGUUCAGCGAGCGGUACAACGCUGGCACGCUCAAGGAGCCCGCUCUGGACGAGUACUUCCUACACGACCGUGCUGUGCGUGAGAGUGGACACGACACGUCUUACCGCCUCGAGAAGCGCUGUGCCAACCUUGGCACGAUCGACUUGCAGGCGUUGUUGUACAAGUACGAGGUCGAUAUCGCUACGGCCAUCCGCGAGGUCUUCGACGAUGAGCUUGAGCUUGAAGACGAGUUCGACUUGAUGCCCUUCCCGCCCACACCGGAGACGUACGCGAACCCGCACAGGGAGAAGAGUACGAGCCGGGUGCAGCGUGGUGAUGAGUGGUUCGCCCGCGCGGAGUGGAGGAAGGGCAUCAUCGACAAGUACUGCUGGAACGAGAGCAAGAGUCUGUACUUCGACUAUGACACCGUCCAGGAGAAGCAGAGUUUGUACGAGAGUGCAACGGCGUACUGGGCGCUCUGGGCUGGCUGCGCCAGUGAAGAGCAGGGUUGGAAGCUUGUGUCUGAGUCGCUGAAGAAGUUCGAGGUGCUCGGUGGAUUGGUUUCGGGUACGGAAGAAUCGCGCGGUGUCAUCUCACUCGACAGGCCUAACCGUCAAUGGGACUACCCCUACGCAUGGCCUCCUCACCAGAUCAUGGCAUGGGUCGGCCUCGAACGCUACGGCUACCUCGAAGAUGCCCAACGUCUUGCCUACCGUUUCCUCUACAUGAUGACCACCGCCUUCGUCGACUUCAACGGUGUCGUCCCCGAGAAGUUCGAUGCCGUCAAGCUCUCGCAUCUCGUGGACGCAGAGUACGGUAACCAGGGCAUCGACUUCAAGAUGAUCCCUCGCGAGGGCUUCGGGUGGAUGAACGCUGCGUACCAGGUCGGCUUGUCAUUCUUGACGACGCACAUGAGGAGGGCUGUCGCGGCAUGCACCAGCCCCGAGGUGUUCUUCGGACGCGCCGCAGUGCUGGGCGAGGGAAUGGUCACAGGUGGUGCGACUACGGACCCGCUCGGUUUGGCCAUGGAGAACAUGACGCUCGGCGAGGCCCAGGGCGCGAACAUCUCGUUGCAAGGAGGCGACGAGCGGACGCCGCCGCCCCAGUACUCGUCUGGCCCCGGCGCACUUCCGGCGUAG